AUGUCACUCCGUUACGAUAUUUGGAAAAUCCAAUACAGUUUGUGCAUUUUUGGUGCGAUUUGCCUAUCACAGGCGGCCGCAAUCUAUACCCGCGAAAUAAUCAAUAAUGCACCGCAGCUGCAAGUGCGACCGCCAUGGUUGCAGACGUGUAAGCGCGCCAAUCCCAAUGAGGAUAAAUGUUUUCGUCGAUUAUUUGAAGGAUGUUUCCCCGCCUUUGCGGCCGGCAUACCAGAGAUUGGUGUGAACAGUUUCGAGCCGCUGCACAUAGACCAGGUUUCCGUCUCGAAAGGCAGUGGCAAUCUGGUCUUAUCGGGUGGUUUUCAAAACCUUAUCAUACGUGGGCCCUCAAACGCCACCGUGCGGCGAGCCAAUCUCGACCUUGACAAGAAGUUGUUGAACUUUGAGCUGGACAUACCGUUGCUGCGCAUACGCGCCAAAUACAACUUGAAAGGGAAUAUUCUCUUGCUGCCACUGAUUGGUAACGGUGAUGUGCGGAUGGCAUUGAAGGAUGUGAAAACGGCUGUGUACACCAAAAUACAUCUAAGCAAUGAGCCGGAGGAAGUCAUUCGGAUCGAUGAGAUGAAGGUGACUUUCCAUGUGGGCGCCAUGCGUAUUCAUCUAAGUGACCUGUUCAAUGGCAAUGAAAUUUUAGCAGCAUCCAUCAAUAAUUUUCUCAAUCAAAAUGCCAACGAGGUGAUUGCCGAAUUGCGCCCAGAUUUGGAGUUGGGCUUGGCGGAUAUUUUCCAUGGCCUAUGGAACAACGUGUUUUCGAAAAUGCCGCUCAAAUUGUGGCUGCUGUGA